CGCAGCGUCCGCGCCCGCAUAUACCGCGCAAAUGGUACAAAUUCGGCACCAACACGAGUGUACUACCGCGAGGAUUCUUUUCAAUUAGAGAGAGGAAGAUUUGUUCUCGCAUCUGCGGAAUUACCACAUCCUCAAACUCAGCCUUACAUUCAUGAUUCCAUCGUGAAAGUUGUCCACCGCGGGAAACAGUACAAAUUUCGAGUAUUCUUCAAACGACACAAACUACUUCCCACCAACCAAGCAAUUCUCCAACUAGCCGGUGCUCCGAUGGAUGGAGACGUCUUAGUUGUUGCCUGUGGCACAAAGGUCGGCAUCAGAAAUAUUCGAGGCAGGCUGGAGACGCGCGCAGCAGACAAGGCUGUGAAAAGGUUUGCCCAACACAUAGCGCCCUUCAGGACAAGACGCACUUUCCCAGCAUCGGUAUCCUUAUGA